CGCUUUAGUGUUCCUUUUUUUGGUACAACACAGGAAGUGACGCUACCCUUUCCGCUCCACAGGGACUAACGAAGUUGACAACAAAAGAAAGACUAUUUUUUUCUCCAUUUAUGUGUUUUUCUUUUAGGUCUAUCAAUAAAAUGUUAAAGGGGUCUUGCAUCGAAAUGGGUAGUGGUCCUGUAAAAAACAUUUGAGCCGUUUUGGCUCGUAUUAGCCYGCGAAAGCCACCAUUUUAGCCUCGUAUCUGAAGCUACUACUACUAGCUUACAUUACUAACGCGACUUGACAGUGUUCAAUAAAUGGCCUGCACGUUAGAGAAAGUGUUGUGYGAUGCUCGGACGCUUCUGGAUAGGUUAAAGGAACACGAUACGGCUGCCGAGGGUCUGAUCGAGCAGUCCGGGGCUCUCAGUCAUCGAGUUCAAAGCAUGAAAGAGGUCGAGAACGCUCUUCCAGACAAGCACACGGAAGACAGUUCAGAGAUCCAAGAGCUCACAAAAUACAAGCCUCACAUUCUUCUGACUCAGGAAAACACUCAAAUUAAGGAGUUACAGCAGGAGAAUAAAGAGUUAUGGCUGUCUCUUGAAGAACACCAGUACGCGUUAGAGCUGAUCAUGGGUCGAUACCGYAAGCAGAUGCUCCAGCUGAUGAUGGCGAAAAAGGAGCUGGACACCAAGCCAGUGCUUAACCUUCAUCAAGACCACGCUAAAGAAGUGCAAAGCCAAGUGGAGCGAAUAUGCGAGAUGGGUCAGGUGAUGAGAAAAGCCAUGCACGCAGAUGAUCAGCAUUACUGCUCUGUAAGAGAGAGGCUCGCUCAGCUGGAGAUGGAAAACCGGGAGCUUCGAGAUCUUUUGGCCAUCAGCAAGGGUUCUGUGAAGAGCGGGAGCGAAGAAACCAACCAGCCGUCAACACCAGCAGCAGUGUGGGAACAUUCCCCUCAGGCGGCGACUGACUGAUCAGAACACCUUCAGACUGAAAGAAGUCCACAAAUAAAAUAGAAGACUGUUUUUGUACGUAACAUUCUAGUCAACAGAAACGUUUCCCUGUCGGUCUGUUAAUAUGAUGCGUCACUAUGUGUAGUUAGUGUCACUGCAGUAAGUUUGGUGUGAAUUCCACCUAAACUGUGUGUUUAAAAUGGUCAGUUUCUGGUUUCACUGAUAUGUUUUAUAUUUAUCUGAAUGCUGGAGGAACGGUGAAGGGUAUUUCAUUUCUUUUGUUGGCGCAGACAUACGUUUUAAGAAGACUSCUUCUGUGUCUUGGGCGUACUGUUACAGAGACAUCUAGAAUGAGUAAAUGCUGACAACCGUUAUUAAAAACAUAUUUUACAGUCUGCGUCACAACUAGUAAGACUUUGUGCRCGCUGGCAAGUAAGCAACGAUUUGCGAUUUCAUGAAAAGGUUGCUGAGGAGUGCACAUAAAAUGAUUUUUUUUUUUUCAGAAAAAGUUUUUAAAUGUUGGGUCUGACAUUUGUUUUUUAGCAGCCGUCUCUGUAGGUGUUACAGCCUAUUUUAAACGUGCAGUUCUGCUGUUGAUUAAAAAAAACGAAUCUGUCCUUUUUUGGACCAAUUUUAAAAUUGUAAUUUAUAAAAAAUAAUUAAAAGUUAAUAAUUGCAGCUGCAUAAAAUGCACACAAAAUGUUUUGAAAUGUUUCAGUCUGGUUUAAAGCCUCAUAAACUGCACUUUUAGGCUGUUCGUCUGCUUUUAGACCUGGAAGCUUUCCGGCUGGACCAAUGUGUCAAAGGUUUARGUCCUUCCUGUCUGACAGGAGUUUCUGUGUAAGCCUAUGUAAGAAUCAGUUUUUUUCUCCAGACCCUCUUUCAUGGGGUUCCUCAAAGAUCUACGCUUGGUCCCAUUUUAUUUUUCCAUCUGUUUGCUACCAUUACGCUCCCUCUUCAAUUAAAAAAWUUUUUAAAAAAUUUGAUUCCUAUGCAGACGGCACUCAGGUCCGUCUAUAGUUGAAGCAUAAAUCGUUCUUUUCCAUUAAAACCACAGUUCAACUGCAUCACUGAGGUAAAAGCAUGGAUGGCUUCAAACUUUCUAAAUUGAGAGAGAAUAAGACUGAAGUUACUAGUUUUGGUCUCAGUGGAAACUACAGCACUUUUUUCUACAGAGGAGCUAGAGCUAUUUGUAAUUUUAACAAAAAAUAAAUUUAUAUAUACAUAUUUCAAAUAAGAAUUGGGGUGAUAUUUGAUUCAGCUUUGGUAGUUAAUUUAUUAUUAUUAUUAUUAUUAUUAUUAUUAUUAUUAUUGAGUCAUCUUCAGUGAAAUCAUUUUUGUCCUAUUUUUUGUGACAAUGUGUGAUUCAUUUAUCCUGACUGGGUCCUCAGUUGUCCAGAGAGCGUCACUCCUAAACUAGCUGUCCCUUCAUAACAGACAGGCUUCAACUCUUGGACGUUUUAAGUCUCACCUUAAAAUAAAUUUCUAUAAUUCAUUUUAUUUUGUCUUCCAUUUUUUUAAUAGUCUCUUGCAUUCUUUUUUUUUGUUUUGUUUUKUUUUKUUUUUUUUUUUUUACUCUUGCUUUGUGUUCAUCACUUUGGUCAAAUGCAGUGCUAAAUAAAUUUGAUUCACCUCAGGAAAUUAGUGUUGGUUAAAUCAUUGUGUAAUGAAUUAAUGGCUCUGUACUAUUUUUGUGUAAAAUAAAAUUAAUAAAAAAAAA